AUGGGUGUCCUCUUUGACUCUAGUUACCAAGGCAUUCUCGUCUCCGGACUUGGAGUGCUCUGCGGUUUCGCCGUUCACCAUGCCCUCUUCAUUCACGGAGAGUGGCAUGUACAAGCGCCUCAGAUUGCGCUGGGCCACUUUUGGUUUCUCUUUUGCUUCAUUGCUUCAAGCAUCUACUACAAAGAUACCUUGAUUGGCGAGCUUUCUCGGUGUCUGUUGACGCUGUUUGCUGGCUAUCUUCCUGGUCUUUUGGCCAGUAUCACUCUCUACAGAAUCUUUUUCCACCGUCUGUCUGGCUUCCGUGGUCCGUGGUACGCCCGCAUCACGAAGCUCUGGCACGUAUGGGCAUGCAGAGACUGCAAGAACCACCUGGUUCUGGAGAACCUGCACGAGCAAUAUGGAGACUUUGUCAGAACGGGUCCCAGCGAAAUCACCGUCUUCCACCCGGGAGUCUUCAUGGCUGUGGAUGGCCCCCGAUCGGAGUGCAUCAAGGCGGAGUGGUAUGACAUUCUGCAUCCCGAUCGCGCCCUCGUUACCACCCGCGUCAAGCCUAUUCAUGCUGCUCGACGUCGUGAAUGGAACCGUGGCUUCUCGGCUCAAGCCCUUGUCCAGCACGAGUCAAAGAUUCUCAAGUAUAUUGAGCAACUUGAUCAAUGCAUCGAGGCCAAUGCCGAAGCAAACAAGCCUUCGGAAGUGCGGGACCUCUUCUUCUGGUUCGGGUUUGACGUCAUGGGCGACUUCGUCUUCAGCAAGUCUUUUGACAUGCUGCAUCAGCAGCAAUGGCACCACAUCAUCGUGCGUCUGCAGCGUGCUCUGUCCCUUCUUGGGCCGUUCAGCCCUACCCCGUGGUUGAUUCAGGUCGGCUUCAAGCUCGCUCCGCGCGUGGGUGUUCUCAAGGACUGGUUCGACAUGGUCGCUUGGUGCGAGCGUCAGAUGCGCGUGAGACUAGACGAUGCAUCUCCCAAGCCAUCUGUGCCUGACCUCGCCCAUUACCUGAUGGAAUUGGACGAUGGACAGACUGAGAUGAAGGAUCGCUUGACUUGGCUGUUCGGUGACAGCUUGCUUGCUAUUGUGGCUGGAAGUGAACCGACUGCUGCCGCUCUGAUCGGCAUCUUCUGCGAGCUGGCAAAGCACUCGGAGCACGUUGACAAGGUCUACGAAGAGUUGAAGGACGUUGACGUGACAGACCUCAAGACCCUGACGAGCCUGCCUCACCUCAACGCCGUCAUCAACGAAGGUCUCCGACUCUACCCGGCCCUGCUCACGGGCGGAGCCAGGAAGACGACCGAGAACGGUGCAACCAUCGGCGACACCUUUAUCCCGCCCAACACGACCAUCAUUGCGCCUCGGCAUGUCAUUUCCAGAAGGGAGGAUUGCUUCGAGCGGCCGAAUGAGUUUAUUCCCGAGAGAUGGAGCACCCGACCGGAGAUGGUCCGAAAUGCAUCCGCCUUCGCACCUUUCGGUACAGGUCAUCACAGCUGUCUCGGGCGUUUCCUGGCCACCGACUCCAUGAGGUUCGUGGUGGCAAGGUUGGUCAAGAAAUAUCACAUUCGCCUUGCUCCCGGUGAGACUGGAACUCGGGUUUUUGACGACAUUCGGGAUCAGUUUACUUCCAACCCCGGCCCCUUGUCUCUCUGUUUCGAGUUGAGGUGA